AUGAACAAAGGUCUGCGUGUGAUCUCGGAAAAGCUGAAUGCCGUCGAUCUGGUCGUGGAAGUCCGCGAUGCCCGCAUUCCGCUGUCGUCUGUGAAUCCCAACUUUGAAAAAGUCGUGGGGAAAAAGUCUCGACUCAUCGUUUACAACAAGUUUGAUCUGGCCCAGCCCGACACCAAAACCCCCAUUCUCAAUGCAUUUGCUCGUCAUGCCCCUCAAACACCCGUCAUUUUCACGAGCUGCCAAACCGAUCAAAGCAUACGCGAUAUAUUAAAGUACGCCGCAUCCCUCGGCUAUCCCAUUCCGCAAGUCACGUUGAUGAUCGUCGGUAUGCCCAACGUCGGCAAAUCCUCGCUUAUCAAUUCACUUCGUCGUGUAGGCGUUGGCAAAGGCAAAGCUGCCGCAACCGGAGCUCAGCCGGGCAUCACACGAUCGGUGGCAGGUACCGUCAAGGUCCUCGAGGAUCCCAAUGUCUACCUGAUUGACACCCCCGGCGUUAUGGUGCCUCACAUUGCCGAUCCGGUACGAAGCUUAAAGGUGGCACUGACAGGCGGCAUUCGCGACCACUUGGCCGACGAACAAGUCAUGGCGGACUACUUACUGUUCCGUCUGAACCAAUUCGAAGCCUACGAUUACGCUUCCUGGUUUCGACUUCCCAACGGAGAACCGACCAACGACGCCCAAGUGCUACUCGAAUCCGUGGCGCGGCGCAUCGGAGCCAUCGUCAAAGGCGGUGAGCUCGAUCUCACUAUGGCCGCCAAAUUCUUUAUCAAGCAAUAUCGUCUCGGCAAAUUUGGUCGAUUUACAUUGGACAAUGUGACUCCUGAUCAUCUCAACACAUUUUUUAAUCAGAUGAAGAUGUACGGCAGUGAGCAAAAGGAUAGUGUCACGGCAUCGCUCAGUCGGCGACAAGAGAAAAAGUUGGCGAAGCUGGCGUUUCGAAAAGAGAUGCAGAAAAAAAAGAAAUCCACAUCCUAA